AUGACCACAAUUUUUGACGGAUAUGACGAGGAGUACCGUGCAUUAACCAGUGAUAUUUCAAGCAAAAUCAAUGAACUCGCAUCUUACGAGAAACAAAAAGAUAAGAAGAAGGCGAGUAUCGUUCAUGUAAGCGGUCUGAUGACACAAGCUACGCAGCUGAUUCAGCAGAUGGAAGUUGAAGUGAGGAGCUUAGAUGUAAGUACUCGUCGUGAACUCUCGAAGAAAGUGGACCAGUACAAAAAAAACUUGGCGUUACUUUCAGCGGAUCACAAGAAAAUUUGCGAGAAGGAGGAACGGGAAGGAUUAUUUGGUGACUGUGAUAGCAACUCGACUUCGGUGGAGCACCGCAGUCGCAUGGCUGCUGCAACAAAUAAGAUGAAGGGUACAACAGACAAGUUAACAGCUGCACGAAAAGAAAUUGCCGACACGGAAGAAGUUGCGCUUGCCAUUAGCGAAGAACUUGGCCGAAACCGUGAGAAAAUCAAAGCUACACAUGCAAAGGUGAAGGGAGUGAACGAGAUGGCUCGCCGUGGAGGAAGUAUCGUUGGUCGCAUGUCUGCACGUGACAAGCGUCAACGUCUAGCUUUGUCCAUAGCAGCAGGAUUUAUCACUGUCGCCAUUCUACUGCUAAUUUACUUUGGCAUUUUUAAGAAAAAAUAG